UGAAAUUUCUACGACAGUCCGGAAGUUUUAUUUGUCAAUAUAUAAAGGUAACAAUCGGGCUGGUUCUUUAGUAUCAAGUGACACUAGAUCGAAGACAGCACGGUCAAUUUGGAUAGACAACUAGUGGGUAAAGUCAACGUGGGACAGUGGAGAUUUCGGUGGUGUUUUCUUGUGGGUUUUAAACCGAUUCAGUCAAAACUCAGUUGAAACCGGAAGUUGAAAAGCGACGGUAUUUCAACCACAGUUGAGUAGAGCAGGUCUCUACUUGAAAAGUUUCUAUUCAUUGAGUUGAAUCAGCUUUACCAGCAGAACAAUGGGAGGAAAGGACUACUAUAAAAUUCUUGGCGUGGCCCGUGAGGCUGGUGAUGAUGACAUCAAAAAAGCCUACCGUAAAAUGGCCCUCAAAUACCACCCGGACAAAAACAAAAGUAAAGGUGCGGAAGAAAAAUUUAAGGAAAUCUCAGAGGCCUACGAAGUCUUGAGCGACAAAGAAAAGAGAGCUAUCUUUGAUAAGUACGGUGAGGAGGGUCUCAAGGGAGGGUCGGGCCCAGCAUCGGGGGGUGGAAGUGGUGGUAACUUCAAGUGGACGUAUCAUGGCGAUCCCAAUGCCACAUUUCAGAGUUUCUUCGGCGGUGAGGACCCGUUCAAGAUCUUCAUGAACUUUGGAGGGCCAGGAAGCAGUGGUGGACGAGGGGGUCAACAUAUAUUCUCGACCUCCACUGGAGGUGACCCGAUGGACGUUGACGAUGAUUUUGGAUUCCCUGGGUUUGGGAUGCCUGGAAUGCCAAGGAUGCCAGGUAUGCAAUCAGCCGGAAAGAGGCAGGACCCUUCUGUUCAUCAUGAUCUCAGAGUUUCCCUCGAAGACAUUAACAGAGGAUGUACAAAGAGAAUGAAGAUCUCAAGACAAGUGUUGAAUCCUGAUGGACGCUGUAAAAAGACUGAAGACAAAGUACUAGAAAUCAACGUCAAGCCGGGCUGGAAAGCUGGAACAAAAAUAACAUUUCCCAAAGAAGGCGACCAGUCACCGAACAGAAUACCAGCGGAUAUUGUAUUCACAUUGAAGGACAAACCACAUCAGUAUUUUCAGAGAGAUGGUAGUAAUUUGCACUACAAAGCCAAGGUUUCACUGAAACAGGCCCUUGUAGGAACCACACUACGCGUUCCCUCUAUUAACGGUGGCACAAUGUCUGUAGCCUGUAAUGAAAUCAUCAAGCCCAACUCAACAAAGAGGGUAAGUGGGGAAGGGCUCCCUCUACCCAAGCAACCCUCGCGCAAAGGAGACAUGAUCGUCAACUUUGAUAUCGUCUUCCCUGAUUACCUUAACAAGUCGACAAAGGAAGUUAUAUCUGAUUGCCUUCCGUAGAACUAUUACACAAACUCGUCCAAUGUGGUUUUAAAAUAACCGACAUAGAUUAUCUUUCUGGUGACUGUGGAAAUACACAAGGACUUGCAUCUUGUUUCAGCAGCCAGAGUGUUUUCAUCAACUCCCAAGACAAGUUUUUACAACCACAUCAGAAAGUAAGAAUCGUUAUUCAGUCUCAGGAGACGCUACCUUAUGCCCUUCCUGUUCAGGAGAAAAGAACACUUCAUAAUCAGAUGUUUGAUGCUGGUUAAACUUAACAGUACAAUGUAACUGAACAGGCUGGUUUGAGUGGGUGGAACUUUGUGUUGUAAUGCAAUGGGUGUAGUAAAGGUUUGAUGCUUACGUUGAAUCCUUAGCACAGUUGCUAUGUCAUUAACACUGCUAACCGUUAGUAAACUUCACUUUUUUGGUCUACCUAAUUUAAAUGAGGGAGAACACAUUUGGCUAUUUCAUGAUCAAACGUCAACAAGAAGUGUUUCUAGAUAGUUUGAUUGUAACAUGAUUGUUGUGAAAAGCAUCCACACUAAAUAUAUUUUAUUUCGUCUGUAAAAACAAAAGUUUAUAUCAUCACUAAUGGACAGUGUUGAUUUAAACAGACCUGAAAUUCUUUGAUGAAGAUAAGAGAUUAAAUUUUGUAAAGAGAAAUGAUAACUGCCACCAAAAAAAAAUCUCCCUUGAGGUGAUCAUUUAUUCAUUUAGUUUUGUAUUAGUAUAUUUGUUUAUUUAAUUAUUUGGUCAUCUUAUUUAUUUGUAACAAUUACUGUUGUUUUUUUCUGAGAAAACGGUCUGAAAGCUACCUUCUUGGAUAUGUUGGAUGAAAACAUUUAAAAGAUAACACUUCGGAAAGAAAGGGAAAUAAAGAGAAAACUGAAAUGUUACAGAA